GCGGCGGCGUUGGAGGCGGCGGCGUCGGGCCAGACGGUGGAGCGCUGGCGCGGCCGCGGCUAUGGCUUCGUGGAACGCGCUGUCGCCCAGCAUCGUAGAGUAUUUCGAGGGCGAGGACUUCUACCGCUGCGGCUAUUGCAAGAACGAGUCGGGCAGUCGCUCCCAUGGCAUGUGGGCACAUUCUAUGACAGUACGGGAUUAUCAAGAUCUUAUAGAUCGAGGAUGGAGAAGAAGUGGGAAGUAUGUGUACAAACCUGUCAUGAAUCAAACAUGCUGUCCUCAGUACACAAUAAGGUGCCAUCCUUUGGAGUUCCAGCCAUCAAAAUCUCACAAGAAAGUUUUGAAAAAAAUGUUGAAGUUUCUGGUGAAAGGGGAGGUUUCCAAAGGAAAUUGUGAGGAUGAGCCCAUGGAUUCUGCAAUGGAGGAUGCUGUUACAGGUGACUUUGCAUUAAUAAAUAAAUUGGAUAUAAAGUGUGAUCUUAAAACACUUGGUGAUGAUCUAAAAGAAAGCCUAAAGAGUGAAGAGAAGAAGAAAGAAAAAACUUCAAAGAAAGAAGACUCUAAGGAAUUAAUUAAUUCACAAGCUAUAGAAGAGAAGUUGGGCUCUGGUGAGCCGUCACAUUCAAUUAAAGUUCAUGUAGUUCCCAAGCCAGGCAAAGGGGCUGAUUUGAGCAAGCCUCCAUGUCGAAAAGCAAAGGAAAUCCGGAAAGAAAGGAAAAGGUUAAAACUCAUGCAACAAAACCCAGAUGGAGCAUUUGAGAGUUUCCAAGCUCAGGGUCAGACACCAUCUUUGUUCCCAUCAAAGACUAAAUCCAACCAGCCCAAAUCACUUGAAGAUUUAAUUUUUGAAUCUUUACCAGAGAAUGCAUCACACAAAUUAGAGGUGAGGUUAGUACCUGUCUCCUUUGAGGACCCAGAGUUCAAGUCGUCCUUCAACCAAUCCUUUUCUUUAUAUGUCAAGUAUCAAAUGACCAUACACCAGGAUCUGCCUGAUGAAUGUGGGAAGACUGAGUUCACAAGAUUCCUUUGCAGCUCACCUUUGGAGGCAGAAAAUCCCCCUAAUGGACCAGAGUGUGGAUAUGGCUCCUUCCACCAGCAGUACUGGCUUGAUGGAAAGAUCAUUGCCGUAGGGGUGAUUGACAUCCUUCCACACUGCGUGUCGUCUGUCUACUUGUACUAUGAUCCUGGUUAUUCAUUUCUAUCGCUGGGGGUCUACUCUGCCUUACGAGAAAUUGCUUUUGCUAGGCAACUUCAUGAACAAACAUCUCAGCUUUGCUAUUACUACAUGGGUUUCUACAUUCAUUCCUGUGCCAAGAUGAAAUACAAGGGUCAGUAUAGACCUUCUGACUUGCUGUGUCCUGAGACCUAUGUGUGGGUACCCAUCGAGCAGUGCCUGUCUUCACUUGAAAACUCCAAGUAUUGUCGUUUCAAUCAGGACCCAGAAGCAGUGGAUGAAGGUCGAAGCAAGGAACCUGACCGGUUGCAGGUAUUUUACAAGAAAGCCAUCAUGCCUUAUGGUGUUUACAAGAAGCACCAGAAAGAUCCGAGCGAGGAUGCCACAGUGCAGCAGUACGCAAGCUUGGUGGGGCAGGCGUGCUCCGAGAGGAUGCUGCUGUUCAGGAACUGACGUGCUUUGUGCCCUCUGCUUGGCGCCUCGGCUCCACCCUCCCUGCCAUGUACUGUUCACGUCUGCGUCCAGGAGACGCUGCAGCCCCCACCGUGUAGAUGGCUUCACGUCGACUGUCCUCCAGCCUUUCUAAAGCAUUUGUGACAGUGCAUUUGUGAGAAUCCCAUGGUUAAUACAAGAUAUUUUUUAAAUAUGUGAUGACCAUAGCCCCAUAGUGGAGGUUUGUCAUUUCAGAAGUUUGUUUCUGGCACAAGAUAUGCUAAACCUCUCUAAUUACUAUUUUAGGAAGUAAAAUUAAGAAUUGAGUCCAAAUAAUCAUCACAGUUAUGUUGGUUUUGACUGUCAGAGGAACUCAGACUAUUUCCUCGGAUACACUGAGUUACUCUUACUUACCAGGACGAAGGCAGGAAGUGCAUCUUGUAGACAGCCAGGCUAUGCGCUCACUCAGCAUCACCAUUCGUGGCAGAUCUUGAUGUACAGACACUGACAGCUCAGGUUCACACUGAGUGUCUGUCAGUCCAGGACAGUCUGACUCCUGUCUGAUUUGGGCAUCAUUUUCCUUCUAGAGUGAAUCGUUACUAGUGUUUCCUUGUGUUCUCAAAGCCACCUAGUUUGGACAAUAAAUUCUGUAACCACCCUAGUGACACACUUGUUCUGUCUCUAAAAGUCUAAGCAACAGAAGUUUGAAAGGAAAACACUUUUUGCCUUGAUCUAAACCUACCAGAAGGAAGUAUAUCUGUCCCCAUUCCUGGGGCUCUGGACACUUGUAGUUUAGUGAAAUCUGGUUAGUGUCCGGCUGCUCUCAGGGCUGGGUGCCAGCCACAUUCAAGUCAGUAGGGUCAUUUUGAGCUCUGUCCCUUUUCUGGCCCCCUGGUUGUGAGUUAGGGAGUGAGUGUUGCCCUUGGGACCUGAAGCAGAGACUAGUCUCUUUUUCCCCCUCACUUGUUUUGUUGAGCACAGGGCUGGGUGCAAGGAGAGCAUUAGGCAUGGUGAGGUCGGAAGUGAGGACAGCAAGCUUUCUGUGCCCUUUCUCAGCAGGUUUCUCUUCGGUUGCCAGUGGCUCUACUAUCCAGCCCUCUUUAGACCCUUUUGCCCAUUUUUCUGCUUUCUACAGUUCUUUUUUAGAGCCAUAUAAAACUUCAUAGUUUAAAUCUCAUUACUGAUUGUAAACUUUUCUCCAAAACGCAUUGAAUUUUGAUAAACAUUAAUAGUAACAUUUAUGAGUUUAGAAUUAAAAAGGGAAUACCAUUUCCUCCGAUUACAAACAUCCUGUACUCUCAAGGAUGCUGGAGGUUUGUAAAUCUCUCAAGAGAACAAUCUCCGAAGGAGCAGGCUUAAAUGACUAACUCGAAACUGCCUUCAAAAUUGAGAGAACUUUUCCCACCUUCAGAAACUAGUUUCUUUUUCCCCUCUAAAGAUGGCUUCAUUUUAUGACUUUCAUAGAUACUGUAAGCAAUUAAAAUACUAAGGAAAGUAAGAAAGCCAGAGUUAUCUGAAAUCCUGUCCAGAGAGGGAAAAGAACUGUUGCUGUGUAUACACACACACACACACACACACACACACACACACACACACACACACACACACACACACACACACACACACACACACACACACACACACACACACACACACAGGUACACACACACUUUUAAUAUAAACUAUGUUCUAUAUGCUGUUUGUCUCCUCAACAGUAACUUAUGAAUAUGUGUAUGAAAUUUUAAGAGCAGUUUCAAAGAAAGUGCAGAAAGUGUGGUACACAGUUUGAUUAUUAGAUAAGGGCAGGGCAGCACAUGGUGCUCUUGGCUGGCCAGGCCAGUGUCUUAGCCACACUGUGCCCUGCCUUGCCCAGAGUGGCUGCAUGCCUGUGGGAUCCAUGGCAGUAGGAAGCAAAGCACGGGCUGGCAUCUUCCCACAACCAUGCAGAGUUCAGGUUAGGGCUGCUCUCUCUACACUCAAAAGCUGCCCUGUGAUGGCGUUCUAGGUUGGCUGUACAGCAACUUGGUAAUGCAUGUCUUUUCCAUCCCUGUGCUCAUGCUGAUGGUCUUUUGAGAAAAAUGUUGACCCUAGUGUCCAGGCGUCUUCAAGGAUGUGUAUUUGUUCUUUUGAACAGUGGCCAAAUGAAUGUGCAGAUGGCUGGAAAGGACAAACAGAAAGUGAUCCAGCUUUGUCAUUUGAGACACCUGAUUUUUUUCCUCUAAAGAGGAAAGGUGUAAACUAGACCGUUUACAUCUUGUCAAGGAAAGAAGCUUUGUUUGCAAUCUUAGUGUUUUAGUUUCCUUCCCAGUUCAGAUCAGUUCACAUCUGCCUCCUUGCCUUGGAGCCAAGAUGGAAUCUUGAUUCCCCAUGCUACUGUCUAUAUGUAAAUUAUUUGUUUUGGGAGAUUUUCAUUAUCUUAUUUUUGUUAAAUAUAUCCUGAGCACUUUUUUAUAUUCUAAAAUAUAGAGGCUAUAUUAUCAGACAAAUAUAUUCAUUUGAUUGAAGUUAUUUAGGUAAGAAUUAUUGUUUUAUUUUUCCUUUCAAACAGUUUAUCCUAUUGUUCUUCCAUCAUUCUGCAAAUGUCUGUUUUGUGUGGUUUCUUAGCAUAUCAGGCUCUAUUAUGUAAAAGAAUCUUUCUAGAUUUCUGAACAGUAAAUGGUUUGGUUUUAUAGACAUUGUAUUGUUUCAGUAUGAAUAAAGGUGAGAGAGAGAAGCUAACCCAUAUGAGCAGCUAACCCGAGUAUGUAUAUUGUGGCUAAUGUAAAGGAAAUGAAGUGAGAAGAGUUGGAAGUGUUUGAAUUGCAAUUUAUGCAAAUGUGGGUCUGCAGGAAACCAGUGAUUCUAUGGCAAACUGAGGGCUGCAUGUGGUCCUUUUGCUCUUGUGUAUGCUUUUUCAUCAAUCUACUUGAAAAAUAAAGCUGUUUCUAUCCGC